CUGACAUGACGCUACAGCUGCUUCUGCUACUCCUACCAUUGGUGGGCGGUGAGCGGGUGAUGGGGGUGAAGGAGAAGGGAGCGUGUGUGUGCUCUGUGGACUCUGAGCUUUGGGGGUUCCCUGUGCAGCAGUAUGAGAACAUCCAGCAGCUGCUCCAGUCCUGUGAGGACUCACUGCAGAGCCUCAACCAACAGGUGCUGCUGUCCAGUGAUCGUCUGCCCCACAUCCAGUCUCUGGUGGCUAAUGUGACGGCCCGUCUGCAGCCACAUCAGUACCUCCAGUACAAAGGUCUGUACUCGACUCUGGGUCUGCGCCAGCUCAGUACCGAGAUCAACCAGCUGGAGGGGCAUGUGAGCGUAGUGCACAGCCAGCUCAACAACAAACACACACAGGCACUCACUAAAGAGGUUGAGAAACUUCGUCAAAAUGUGAGCCAAAUGAAGAUGACGGAUGACAUCAACUUGCAGACAUUGAAAGAGCAAGUGCGCUAUCUGAAGAAUAGAGUCGAGUCCUGUAAAUCUAUUCCCAAUGACUUCAGAGCUCAACAUGAACACUGCACCAAAGGUUUGGUCAAGAACAUCAGUGAAGCAGUGGUGACGAAGAUCAGCCCGUACGGAAAGACCUACAUUUCAGGCUCGUGGGGUAAACAGGCUCUGCAGAACGGUGGGGAAGAUGAGGAGCAGGACAGGUACUGGGUGCAGCCCCUGGUCAGCAGCCACAUCUGGGGCAAUGUUCUGCGAGUCUAUCCAACCUAUGACGACUUUAUGGCCUCCAUCAACCACAAAGACUACACCUUUGCCCCGGCCCAUACCCACCCCAACUCCAUAGAGGGUCCCAGUGCUGUGCUGUAUGGCAAGGCACUUUACUACCACUGCUACAAAUCAGAAGACAUUUGUCGAUAUGAUCUGGCCAAUAAUAACGUAAAAAGGGUGAAACUUCCUGGUAUUGGGGUUGGCAAUAAUAACAAGUUCCCAUACUGUUACUACGACUGCCGCACCCACAGUGACAUAGACUUAGAGGCAGAUGAAACUGGUUUGUGGGCUAUCUAUGCAACAAUGGGUAACCAUGGCAACAUUGUAGUUAGUCGGCUCAUGUGGGAUAGUGAGAGCGAGACUUUGAAUGUAACCCAGACAUGGGAGACAAGGGUGUUUAAGAAGGCAGUGACCAAUGCAUUCAUGGUGUGUGGUGUGCUAUAUGUAACCAGGUACAACAGUGACUACCGAGAAGAGGUGUUUUAUGCAUUUGAUACAAUGACAGGACGAGAGGACAGCACUCUAUCACUGCCUCUGGAGAAGGUAGCAAAGGGCGUGGCUAGUCUGAGCUACAACCCCACAGACAGAAAGAUCUACAUGUAUAAUGAUGGGUAUCUCCUAGCUUACGAGGCUAGGUUUUACUGAAGGACCAUGUAGUCAGUUGUAGACUCAAAGUAAGUAUGUCUCUGAAUUGUGAACUAUUAUGUCUAAGUAUUGUGAAAAAAAUAUGUUUCCAGCGUUGUCAAAAUUAUUUGCAAAUGUAUUUAAAAUUGUACAAACUGUCUUCAAUUUCUGGACUGGAAUAAAAAAAUAAAGUCCGUCCCAACCCCAGUCCCAAGCGGCACAGUGGUUGGGUUGAUUGCCCUCUCACUACAGCCUCACAACAAGAGGGUCCCUGUGCAGAGUUCUGGGUAAGUCUCUUUUAGGAACACUAGUUUUCUCCAUCAACUUAAAACAUGCACAACAGGCACAACUCCAUGCUAAAGUUAGUACUAGUUUCAGAUCUGGAGAUGGGUCCUGGCCUGCAUGGUGGCUGCCCACUGCUCCUGACAGACUGUCCCAGUGGCAUUAAAAGUUGGAUCAAAUGUAGAGGACAUUAAUUGUAAGCCCUAAUGAAGUUAGAAUAAAAUGUGUCCGU